AUGAGUGCAAGCAAACCAAAGACACCGGUGUCUUCACCAAAAAGAAACUCGGCAUUCAAACCAUCAACGCCGUCUCCCCCUGGAUCAGAUUCUAGUUCAGGCAGAGGAGAGAAAAGAAGCAGUAGAAUGGGGUCUGCUAACUUUCUUCGUACUCCAGAACAAAAUGCACAUAAUACUCACCUACCGUUCACACCAUCAGUCAAGAGGAGUAAUUCAGGUACAUUGAAAUCGCCGGAUUACAAACUAAACUACCACAACGUUGCUUCACCAUAUAGUGCCGCCAACGCAUUAAAGACACCAAGACACUCGGGCUAUGAUUCAGAUGAUAAUGAAGACAAGAGAAGAUUGAAAUUACAAAAAACCCCCCAGUAUUUUGGAACAGCAAAAAAGCUUUUUGACAAUGACGAUGCAAGUCCUAAACGCGAAGAUUUGACCGAGAUUAGCUCUCAAUUAAAACAUAAAUUGAGCUCAGCCUUGGGAAAAAUACAAAAAGAAGACAACAAUUCCAAUGCGGGUUUAAGUAAUAAGAUUUCUUUUACUGAAUUAUCAUUUGAUCCUUCCAAAUCUCCUACAAAACAAUCAACUAAUUCAUUUUCUCCUGGCUCAUCAUUCCAACGGGCCAAUUUAAAUUUACAAACAUUACAAAGUUCACCCAUACCCAAAAGCGUGGCACAAUUUGGACAAGAUGUUAAUUCUCCGUUAAAGCAAUCGCCGAGAUUUUCUAAUGACCAUCCACCACUCGUUGACAUGCCAUCUCCUGAUGAAGAGUUGAGCGCUCAUAGAGCAUUAUUAGCAGCACUUUCCCGGCAAACGAGAAGGAAAUCAAUAGGUUCAACUACACGCCAUCCAAGACGACAACCAAGCACAAGUGGUGGGUUCUCGGAGGACAUGCCAAGCUUUACACCUAGUCACAGGAGAACAGUCCUGUCCGAUGUUCAACUUCCACCUUUAAAAGUUGCUUUACAUUCCCAUGAUGAUUUCCAACCUACUGGAUUUAAAUUCGGCGGAGGCCCCCAACAAGCGAACGAUGAAAAGACAAAUGAGCAAGAUGCAGUGUUGUCAUUGAUGUCUUUGUCUUCACCACAAUCAAUUAAGUUUUCCCAUAGUCGUACACAAAGCUUAACUAAUAAUAAUACUGUCAGUUCGCCAAUAUCAUCACGUUCGUCGCUGGUGCAUAUUCGCAGUCCUUCCUAUGGCCAACAACCGAUCCCUCCUGCGUUACCUCCUUUUACAAGACUAGCAGCUAAUCGUGAGAAGAGAUCACCCAGGGAAGCUGGUAACGAAGACAGCGAUGCAACCGAUGUUGAGAUUGGAGAUCUUACAGAUGAUGAAUAG